GUUAUUGUCCCGUUAUUCUUGAAUCUCGACGAAAAUGAUCAGCUGUUUGGGACGCCGGUUCCGGUUACCAUGGCAACGACCGUCACCUCCCACGCCACCCACAGAAAGCCGACCCACCACGACCGUUUGUUUUGGUAUUUCUGUUGUGAUCCGGUGAUUCUGGUCCAAAAUAGGGGAAAAAAUCAGUCGCAUGGCACGCGUUUGUAGAGUUGCUCGGAUUGUGUAACUUCACUUUAGUGGUGUUUAAAAUCGAAUCAAAGGUUGAAACUAUUUAAAAUAUGCUGCACGUCUUUAGCAUAAGUGAAACAUAAGCUAAGAAAAUGAUGUUGAUGAUGCUAAACAGUGCAGUUCGCGAAUUAUUAAAUCGAAAAAGUACAACAUGGAUUCGGCAAUGUUAUUCCUCAGCGGAUUUGUUGAGCACCAAAGAGUUAACAUCGGACAUGAAACUCGCAAUUGAGAAGAAAUGGCACAACAACCUUGGCGAUUAUCGGUUUGACCCGGCCAGUUCGAAACCGAAGCGCUACGUACUGGCCAUGUUCCCCUAUCCUUCGGGUAAUUUACACAUGGGACACGUUCGUGUGUACACCAUAAGCGACGCAAUGGCCAGGUUCUAUCGUUUCAACGGGGCCAACGUGCUUCAUCCGAUGGGUUGGGAUGCCUUUGGACUUCCGGCAGAAAAUGCGGCAAUGCAGCGUAAAAUCCCGGCCGAUCGUUGGACCCGGCAAAACAUUGACCAGAUGCGCCAACAGCUGGAAAAGCUUCAGUUCAGUUUCGACUGGGACCGCGAGUUUGCCACCUGCGAUCCGAAAUAUUACCGGUGGACGCAAAAGUUGUUUCUCAUGUUGUUUGAGGAUGGUUUGGCGUAUCAAAAGGAAGCACAAGUUAACUGGGACCCGGUAGACAUGACAGUUUUGGCCGAUGAACAAGUGGAUAACAAUGGGUGCUCUUGGCGUUCAGGGGCUAAAGUAGAAAAGAGAGUUCUCAGGCAAUGGUUCAUCAAAACUACACAGUUUGCCAAACCUUUGUACGAAGGUUUGUCUGACCCUAUUCUAGAAGAUUGGAAAGAUAUCAUUAAUUUACAGAAGCAUUGGAUAGGCGAAUGUAGCGGUUACUUAUUCGAUUUGAAAUCUUCGAAUAAAAACGAAACGCUUCCGAUUUGGACAGAAAACCCAGAAAAUUUGAAGGGCGCUAUCUUCGUCGCUGUGAAGCCAUCUAAUUUGAUAAAUACCGAAAAGAAACCAGAAGGUCUUUUGGAAUCGUAUGUCGAGAAUUUCCUGACCGGUGAUCGACUCCCUAUUAUCAUCACGGAAAACGUUGACUACCCAGAAGGUUGCGAUAGCUAUCUCGGCGUGUGCUCUAACGAAACCGAUGUUAAAAUUGCCAAACGAUUCGAUUGUCCCGUAAAUAACUACAAUAGAAAAAAUAUACAGAAAGAAGAAAUAGUUAAACUAGCUCACGAAAGUAACAGGGGCGGUUAUCCUGUAAGUUCUAAGCUACGGGAUUGGUUAAUAUCCCGACAGCGUUUCUGGGGAACCCCAAUACCUAUAAUCCAUUGUAAUAAUUGUGGCCCGGUUCCAGUUCCCGACUCUGAACUUCCGGUGGCCCUGCCACUUGAGUCGGUAGGAAUGCCACUCUCAAAGAAUGAUCCCUGGCGCAAUACCACGUGCCCCAAAUGCAACUCAACUGAUGCCCAGAGAGAAACCGACACAAUGGACACAUUUGUGGAUUCUUCUUGGUAUUUUCUGCGAUUCGUGGAUCCGAAAAAUACAAAAGAUCCCUUUGAUCGCGAACUUUCACGCUCCCUCAUGCCCGUUGAUCUAUACGUGGGUGGGAAGGAACACGCGGUACUGCACAUGUACUAUGCGCGGUUCAUGAAUUACUACCUGUAUAGUAAGGGGUUAGUUCCGCAUCCUGAACCUUUCAAGCGCCUAUUGGUACAGGGCAUGGUUAUGGGUCGCUCGUUCCGACUCAAGGGUAGCGGAAAGUACAUUCCAGCAUCCGAAGUACAGAUGGUAGACGAGAAAAAGAAUAAAGCAAUUCAUGUACCAACUGGGGACGCGGUGGUUUGUUUGUGGGAGAAAAUGUCCAAAUCGAAGCUCAACGGCGUAGAUCCUUUGGAUGUGUUGCGGGAACAUGGAUGCGACACACUUCGGUUGAUACUAUUGGCCGAUGUGGCGCCAACAUCCCAUCGAAACUGGUCGGAAGCUACCUUUCCCGGAGUGCUCAAUUGGUUACGUCGUAUCUGGAUGACUAUGCACGAUUUGCGAAGCGCACGAGAGGCAAUCGGUCCCGAGACCAAAGCAGCUCCCGAUACAGAAGAAUUCCGCCAACAAGAUAGUAAACUUUGGGAUGCGCGCAAUUACUUCUCAGCGGGUGCCACUUUCAAUUUCAAAUUUUCGCACCAGCUCAGUGUUGGUAUCAGCAAGAUGCAGGGCCUUACCAAUGCCAUCCGCCGAUCGGACUCCACUGUCAUGGCUUACAGUCCACAGUAUGAACGGUCCAUUGCAGCCCAAAUCAUUAUGCUAGCACCGAUGGCUCCACAUUUUGCUUCUGAACUGUGGCAGCAUUUUGUAGCUUUGCCUCAUCGCCUGAAUAAGAACUCUGAUGAGAUUCAGUGGGACCGAGGAUUAUUUGACCAGAACUGGCCCGUAAUUGAUGAGGAUUACGCUUUGGACCUUACAUUUAAGGUCAACGGAUAUGAGAGUUGUAUACUGAAAAUUCCGACUAAGGAUCUUAAUCAGCUUACACACCAACAAUCAUUGGACAUAGCCCUGGAACAGAACGCAGUCACCAGCUACAUAGGUCGGCGAAAGAUAAGGAGUAGCGAUUUCGUACUGUACCCGGGAUGUGAAGCAAUUUUAAGCAUUACUCUAGAACAGCUGUCCAAGGAAGACAAACUGGAACUGGAACAGUUAGGUAAACUGAACGAAAAGGCUAAGAGCAAAGGUAAAAGUAAAAGCAAGAAACCCAAAAAGCAGAAGCAAAUAGUGGAAUUAUGAAAGAUGAAAAUAUAAAUGCUGGAAAACCGACAGUUUUCCAUCGUUGAGUACACAAUUUAUCAGAGUUGAACAUUAGAGUGCCUCAAAUGACCCGACAAUUGAAAAAGUUAUGCGCUGCAGGCUUAAAUUUAUCCUAGGCCAUAGUACAAGGUCUCAUGCCAAAUUUGGGCCAGAUCGGAUCACGGGAAGGGGUCGCUCAACGAGCCUAAAUUUUGUUUGAGAUUUUGGGACAUUUUGUUCGGAAGGAACUUGAAAAUUCAGUAAUCGUGAAUAACUUUGGUCCUCUUCGUGUGUACUAGGCCUUGGAUCGAAUUAAGCCUGUAGCGCAUAAUGUUACAAGCUUGAAAUUUCUCAUACAAAUUUGGGGCAGUCUAAGGAAAAUUUUCGGAUUUUCAAUAA